AUGGCCUCGCAGCGGCUGCCAUGGCUUUUACAGGAAACGUGCCUUCGGGCUCCAUUAUAUCGAUGGCAACCUCAAUGGCAAUGCGAGCUUAAGAUGAAAGUUGCUGACUACAAAGUGUCAAGCUUACUAGAAACUCAGUACAGUAAUUUUGCAUCGGAAUGGCCGCAUACCCAAGUCAACCUGAUGCACCACCCCAGACAUUGGGCUCCACUAAUACAGUUUUCA